AUGGCUUGGAGUAUCUUUCAUAGCAGUUUAAUAAGUAUUGCAUGGACUUAUGCAUUCAAAGACAUAGAACAGUUGCAGGCACUCCUCCACAAAAUGGCAUUGUUUAAAGGACGAACAGAACAAUCUCGGAAAGGAUGCCAUCCAUCAGCUAUAGGAUUUAAGACACCAAUUGAGAUGUGUAAUGGCAAACCAGCUGACUACUCAAAUUUGAAAGUAUUUGGUUCCUUAGCAUUUGCUCACACAAAGCAAGAUAAAUUGGAUCCUAGAGCAAUCAAAUGUGUUUUCAUUGGAUAUCCUAAAGAAAUAAAAGGUUACAAGUUGUGGAGAAUUGACCAAGGUGUGCCCAAAAACGAAGAACAUUGCAGAAAUGCAGAACGUUCUCCAUUUAACAGUGCUUCAGAUAACAAUGAUGAGAGUUUUCAGAUUGAGGUGGAGUCAUCUAAAGAUCAAAAGAUUAAUCAUGAAGAUAUAACUGAUACGUCACUUGAUGAUAAUGUUGCAACAAAACCAGAUUUGGCCAAUUACAACUUGGUAAUGGAUAGAGAAAGAAGGGUUAUCAAGCCUUCAAUCAGAUAUGGUGAAACAAAUUUAAUUUGUUAUGCUUUAAGUGUCACUGAAGAUCUUCAAAGAUAUGAACCAAGCAACUACAGGGAAGCCAUUAAUAGUGAAGAUAAAGAAGCUUGGAUGACAUCUAUGAAUGAAGAGAUGCAAUCUUUAGAAAAGAAUCAAACUUGGAUUUUGGUUGACAUUCCUAAGAGUCAAAGGCUAGAUGUCAAAACAGCAUUUCUACAUGGUGAUCGGGAAGAAACCAUUUAUAUGCAGCAACCUGAAGGAUUUGCUAAAGGCGGUACCAAGGUUUGUCUUCUUAAAAAGUCAUUGUAUGGCCUAAAGCAAAGUCCUAGACAAUGGUACAGGAAGUUUGAUGAUUUCAUGAUAAGAACUGGUUUCCAAAUAUGUAGUUUUGACAGUUCUGUUUACAUUCUGAAAGAGGAAAGUCAAGAACGUUCUCCAUCUCAAGAACAUUCUCCAGUUCUUCAGGAAAGUCAAGAAUGUUUUCCAACUUACCUAUUACUCUAUGUGGAUGAUAUUCUUCUUGCAAGGUCAAGUAAAGACCAAAUUAAAAUGCUCAAAGUUGAUCUUAGUAAUGAGUUUGAGAUGAAAGAACUUGAAGAGACCAAGAGGAUCUUAGGAAUGGAUAUAAAAAGAAACAAAAUGAAGGGGAAGCUAUUUCUUUCACAAGCUGGCUACUUGAAGAAAGUUGUCACUAAAUAUAGAAUGCAUGAGGCAAGACAUGUUACUACUCCUUUGGGACAAAAUUUCAAAUUGUCUAUGCAAGACUCACCUAAGACAGAUGAGGAAAGACAAAGGAUGAGUACCAUUCCUUAUUCUAGUGGAGUUGGUAGCAUAAUGUAUGGAAUGAUCUGCAGCAGGCCAGAUUUGGCUUAUGUUGUGAAUGUUGUCAGCAGAUUUAUGACUGAUCCAAGAGCAUUGCAUUAG